AAAGCCAAUCAUCGGAGAGAAGCGCAUGCAACCUCUGAAACAACCACACAGCGGCGCUGUCCUCCAGUUUAAACCACCAGGGUAAACAAAGACAACAAAAAGUUUCUUUACAUAAGGAUUCAUUCAAACUUGCCAUAUUAAACAAGACAUUUUGCCCAUUGUUUGGAAGUUAACGACUCUGUUAUAAGAAAAUAUAGGCCUGUACUGUAUAUUACUACAGGUUUGACCUGAUAAACAGCUUAAUCUCAGACUCAAUAAUGACCAGCAAAGCCACACAGUUAAGGCUAUUAUAAUUUUCGUUUCCACCCUGUCUGUUGAGUAUUUCAGUAGCUGAUUUUGUGUAUAACAUUAAUGUAAAUUCCUUAAAAAGUCUUUGUCCCACUCUAGAUUGAUUUUAAAAAAAGUAAGCUUGAAACAAUUUCCCUGACAGAAAAGCUACCCUUUUCUUUAAUAGUGGGCGUACAUGUAUUUCAGUUAGCCAAAGUAUUCAUCGAGCACAGAUAACAGACCAGAGCAUGUAUGGGCAGAAAGAGGAGAUCAAAGAAAGCUGAGAGCUAUGCUGGGAGGAGUAGAGGGGGGGCGAGCCCACAGUCUUACAGCAAAUGAUUUACAUUCCUAUGGUUGCUGAUGAAGAUGGAGGUCUGCAAACCUGGAAUCAUUCAUUCACACCUCAUCUGCAGGUCAUGUUCACAUAUUUGUAGCACAUAUAUCACAAAGAACAUAAAGAUUUCUGUGUCUGACACAGUGUUGAUUAACAUCCGAGGUUCAAGUUAAGGUCUGUACAUACAAAUGUAGUUGCUUUCAGUUUUUAUCAUUACAACAGCACAUAAAUUUAGACAAGUCACCUUUUUUUCUGAACCUGCCCUACAAUGAAUAAAGUGGGCACUGAUGUAGUCUAUAAGAAUGUAUAUAAGCUGAUACACAUCUGUUGCAGAGAUCCAGACAUAAAGCAUGUCACAUAUGCUAAUCAUACCUGCUGUGUUAGUGUAGACUUAAUUGCAUGUGUUUGCACUGACAGUAUUUGCAUAGGGAAACCACCUCAGGCACACUGAACUGUGGUAUCCGGUUGAAAAACUGGGAGGACAGUAAGUCUCACCUGAGCAAGCACAGGGAAACUGUCUUAUAAAAGCCUUAUUCAUUACACAUGACAUUGGUUUUCAGAUUCUUCCAGGAGUGUGAGGUUAAUACUGCAUGAUGUGAGUUUCGGUUAUUGUCUGAAUUUACCAAAGACACACCAAUACUCGUCGUGGUCUGAAGUGGUGGACAAUAUCUGAGUCCUAUGAGUCCUGCUUGUACAUUUUACUUCACUAUUAGUUUAUUACUAGCUUCACCACCAGCAGCUACUACACUGUAAUGCAUCAGUUAUUAAUGAUAGGAUAUCACACUCUAACAGGGGCCAUUCUGCCAACUGAUUAGUGCUUUUAUGGCUGCAAUGUACAAUUUUCAUUGCUGCUUAAUCUGUGGAUUUGUUUCUGGUCUAGUCAAAAAAAUAUAUAUAUUUUUAUUUUUUGUAAUAAAUGUCAGAAAAUGCUGAUAACAAUUUCACUGAGUUCAAGGCAGCUUCUUGUUUUAUCUGACCAUAGAUUCAGUUUACUAUCACAUGACAGCGACAAGCAGCAAACUCUUUCUCAGAUUCAAGAAGGUUUUUAGCCUGAAAAGUGACCAAAAGGAUUAAUUAGUUAUCAAAGUAAUUGAUCAAUAGACUACUGGUUCAGCUCUUCUAACUUUAAGUACAUUUUGUUGACUUGUGUAGUUUUAUUAAGUAGAAUUGUGAAUGCAAAACUUUUACUUGAAGCAUGGAUGGAUUUCUGAACGGGCAAGUGUCAGAUGGGGCCUCCUGGCCUUCAACUGCAAAAUGUUAACGUCAAAUUAACACUUUCCAAGUAGGAAGAGACUCAAUAAGACCAUAAAGACAUGCAAAGACCUGCAAAGAGACACAGAUAACUAUAAAGUGACAAAAAUUGCAAAAGAAAGACACAAAAUAACCUGAAAUAGACACAAAUUGACUAUGUGCCACCACAAAAUACCACUCGUUCUGCCCAAGCAGUGCUCAGAACAUCAGUCCAAAUAAGUCUGCACCGAGUUUGAAAGACUUAAUAAGUAACAGAUAUAUUAAAAGAAGUAUUAACCACUCUUAAGUGUUGACGGGGCUUUGCCUUGUGCUGCUUUCUGCAGUUUACGGACCUGUUUUCUGGCCUGUCCGUGAUGUUGAACUUGACACACCAAAAAAAACCCCACACAUAAACAGAAAGGCAUACUCAUCUGCUGCAGAGCUGUGUACAUAUCUCUGGUCUACUGGCAAUGGGAAAGGAGUCUGUAGCCUGUAACAAGGUAUGCUUGGGUUAACCUGCUAAAAAAGGCGACAGACAGACAAGUAUGCCUUUGUGUGUGUGUCUUUUUUUGGCGUGUUUUGUUUGAUGUCCUCAAUAGACCAGAGAAGAGGUAAACAGCAGAGAGGAGCAUGGAGGCUUAUGAAAACUCUCUUUGAAAUUCAGUACGGACUAAUUUGGACCGAUGUUUGAGUGCUGUUGAGACAGACACCAAGGGUAUUUUGUGGUGACUCGUCAUUGCAUUUUGCUGGUAAAUGAGCUAAAAUGAGCGUGUUCAUCCUAGUGUUGUGUUUCCAUCAAUGCUGAUGAGACGAUAAAUACCUGUGACUACUGCAGAGCCAUUUGACCUGGGAGUGAAUGCCAAUCGAAACCUUUCCCACUGCAUUAAACAGCCAUAUGUAAGCAGGUUUUGCAGUGGGAGAGGGGGCUGAAGAGAGGUGGUGGGGCCUUCUGCAUAUCUGUGCCCUGGGGCCCAUUGUCUCACCACAUCUAUCUCAUCACACCCAUGACUUGUAGUGGAGUAUUUUUAACAUGGAAAUGUUGAUACGAGAUCUCUAUACUUGUGCCAUCAUCCAUAUUAGUCAGAUGCUUGAGAACUUUUUUGUUUUAUAAAACAGCAAAUGUGAAAAGUGCCACUGAUAAGAACAUUUGUAGUGUUCAAUUCAAUUUUAUUUAUAAAGCCCAACAUCACAAAUCACAAUUUGCCUCAGAGGGCUUUACAGCAUAUGACAUCCCUCUGUCCUUAAUAUAUGAUGGUAUAUGUAUGUAACAAUAAUAAUCAUAUAUGUAUAAUAAUGGUGGAAGUAUGACUAAGAAACAUCCGUCUUUACAAAAUGUUGUAGUCCUGUCAUGCCUUUAUCAAUACAGUGAGGGUAAUCACCCAGCAGAGCUCUGCCAGACUUUUGCUUUUAUAUUUCCCCUAUGCGCAUAUCACAUACACAUAUGUCAUUGUCUGGAGUACGAAUUUUGUAUUUGUACUUUUCUGUGUGAUUAUAAUAUCAUCCUGAGACCCAAACAUUUGUUUGGUAUGUAUUUUUAAUUUCUCCACGCCAUUUGGGAUCAGUAGGACCGGAUAAGUAUAAAAAACCUAAACAUUAUCAUACAUAUCAACACAUAAUCAUAAUAAAGUCCCAGUGUCCUGAAACCAGUACUUCGUAAUUAAAAGUGUCGUAGCUUGCCACUGUGUCUUGGUCAAAUUUGUUGUGAUAUCAAACUACAAGCAUUAUUCAUAAUAUAAAGCAAGUUUCAAUCAUAAAAUCUGAGCAGUUUUUGUCCACUUUUGUGUCGGGAUCAGCUGCAGCCUGACUUGGCAGAGAUAGCUGCCAUCUUGUUUUUACAUGGAUUAGUGUAUCCUGCUCUUACUACCACUAGAUGGGACAGAAACGUGUCCACAAACGAGGACAACAGGUCUAAGUUAAUCAGAAGGAGGAGGUUACGGAGCGGACAAUUAUUACUUUUAUUUUUCAUUUCUUUAGAUAUAAAAAACAAAACAAAAAACUUUUACCUUUUUCUAUUUAAAUUUUGCUUUAUGCACAUAUCACAUACACAUAUGGACCAUUUCAUUGCUAUUCUGUUGCUACGGCAACAACUUUGGUCCCUGUUUACUUCCUGUCAGCUUCUGCAUUAACGUACAUUCAAACAGGAAAUACAAAGGGACCCAUUUAAAAUGUUUAUGUUUUCUGUUUGUACCUGCACUGUUCUGUGUGAUUAUAAUGUGGAGUGGUCGAUUAUUACUUUUAUUUUUAUUUCUUUAAAAUUUCUUUAAAAACAACAUUUUUUGUUAACUUUUUCUAUUUAAAACUUUUUCUAACUAAAUGGUUAAUAUGAAGGAGUGGAUAUUUGUAUUUUCAUCUAUCUUUCUGUGUCUAUGUUCAGAACAUUUCUGAAUAUAAUGUAUACAGAUGUUAUAUACAGCUGUAAAAAUGGAAAUGUAUACGUUGUAUUGUUGAUGAAAACUAAGUAGAAAUUAAGUGAAAAAGGGAAUAUGUUGGGACUAGUGUAGUAUAAUUUAGGGAUAGAAAAAUCUUAAUAUCUAAAUCUUCUAAUAUAUAGUGUUGUCCUAUUUAUAACAAAGUAACUUUGAACAAAGACAUAGGGUUGGUAAAGGGGCGUGACAGCAGGCACAGUCAUGGUGUGCUCGGCUGGUGGAGACUGGGAGAGAGGGCUGCUCUGCAGAGGGAGGGAGGGAGAGAGGAGGAGGAGGAACUACUGGAGGAAAAAAAGUUAAAGUAAAAAUGGCUUCCUUGUCUUUGGAGUCCACAGAACAAUCUGAAAACAGCACGGACGAGCCGACAGUCGCCGAGUACAAAGAAGAGCAAGACCCGGUGCAAGUCUCGGAGCAGUUACUCCAAAGUUUCCAAAAGUCGGCUCUGAGUUUUUCCACUGACCAAGUCUCAUGUCUGUGCGAGGCCCUUCUGCAGGCGGGCAAUGUGGAUCGCCUGUGGAGAUUUCUAUCCACCAUACCUCCUUCGUCCGAGCUGCUACGUGGCAACGAGACCCUGCUCAAGGCCCAGGCACUGGUGGCUUUCCACCGUGAGGAAUUCAAGGAGCUGUACGCCAUCCUGGAGAGCUACGACUUCCACCCGUCUAACCAUGGGUUCCUGCAGGACCUGUACCUGAAAGCCCGCUACAAGGAGGCGGAGAGGUCCCGGGGCCGCAGCCUGGGCGCAGUGGACAAGUACCGGCUCAGGAAGAAGUUCCCUUUGCCCAAAACUAUCUGGGACGGAGAGGAGACGGUGUACUGCUUCAAAGAGAAGUCCCGAAAUGCAUUGAAGGAGUGCUAUAAGAGCAACAGGUACCCCACUCCGGACGAGAAGAAGAACCUGGCCAAAGUCACCGGGCUGUCCCUCACACAGGUCAGCAACUGGUUCAAGAACCGCAGGCAGAGGGACAGGACCCCGUCCGGGACCCACAGCAAAAGUGAGUCUGAUGGGAACCACAGCACUGAGGACGAAUCGAGCCCCAUGGACGAUGCCCCUGACAAACCAGAGGAGGUUGCCGGCUCCACAGCCUCCAUCAUCUCUCUCUCUGCCGUCCCCUGCAGCACUGGAGGCCAGCUCAUCCUAAACGGGUCUGGUGGCUUCCUCACAGCCCCCCAGUCGUUAUUACUUAAUGGAAACUCCCUGAUCUCCAGCACCGGUGCUGGUGUCAUAAUUAAUGGGCUAAACUUGGGCGAUUGCCAGACAGUCACACUGAGUCCUGUUGCCACCAACUCUCCUUUGAUACUGAACGGGGCUCAGGUAAUCACCAAACCUAGUAUCAGUGUGCAGCAACAGCCAGUUGUUUCUAUGGCACAACAGGAGGUUACGGCCAUGGAGGCCAAGCCAGGUAGUCUUCCAGCAGUUGUUCUUAGCACCAACAACACACCAGUCUCAAACCAUCCAUCCAUCAUCUCUCCUCCUCUGCACACCAAAACAGGAAGCGGCAAUGCGAUGGAUUUCAUCAGCGUCCCUGAUUCAGAGGGCAGCAGCCAGACAGUAUCUUCUUCUUCAUCUUUAUCCCCCUCCUCACCAACUCUGUCCUCCCCAACCAGUCUCCCCUCACUAGUCUUAACACAAAACCCCCAGCGCCAGGAGACUCUCACCCUCCCCGCCUCGAUGUCGUCUGCAGGCAUGGUUAUCUCCACCUCUGUCUUCGCCACUGCUGGCUCCCACUUAAACGCCUCUAGCUCUGUGGUUUCCUCCAGCAACUCCACCCCUCAGGUUUUCUCUCUGCCCCAGGUUGUGCCUUCCAUCCAGGGUAUACCAGUAUCCCAACUGGUCCAGCACUCUUCAGGAGCCCAGGUGUCCCAGUGCCCUCAGUUGGUCCCAGUAUCCCCCCUCACUUCACCAGCUCCUCAGUUCCAAAACCAGACAGUGAACACAAGCAACAGACUGGUGCAACAGCAGCAGGACGCUUCAACAUCUCUGUCUGAAGGUGCCACAACCAUAGUCUCUAUCUCACAGCUAACCAACAAUCAGCUCCCACAGCGAACGGUACACCAACUGGGGGACCAAAGCACAAACUCCACACCCAGCAAAAUCCAGGUCCCACAGGUCAUUUCCAUCUCUUCCCCGACACAAGUCGUCCCAGUCCCCCAGGCCAAAGGCACCACACCAGCACAGUUAGUCCCCCUCUCCAUGCCUCAGCUGGUCCCAGUCUCACCCAUCCAAACGUCUUCCACCAUCUCUUUCCCCCAAGUGGUACCGGCCAGUCCUUCUCUCUCCAUCCCCUCUGCUGGAGUGCCCUUACAGAUCCUGUCUUCAGCUCCUGCAGGGGUCACACAGGGUCCUCUCAGGAUAAACCAGCUAAGGCCCAUUCAGAGUGUGGGUCAACCAGCAACCAGCGUGGCUCCGGGUGUGCAGCUCCUCAACUCUGGGAUCAUUCAGCUUCCCUCUGCUCCUCCAGGUAACCUUCUCCUCGGUGGAAGUCCCUACUUGAGUGUCCAGCAAGGCAAGCUGAUUCUGACCAUCCCAGCAGGCAUUCAGCUCACCAGUUUACCCCUGAAACCAGUCCCUGAGGCUCCACCCAUUUCUGCUAAUGGUGUGAGCUCUGUUCUCACCUCCUCCACUCCUCCUGCAGCUUUAACCACCUCCGGCCUGACCCCCAGUGGCCUCACAUCAUCUCCCCUUAACUUCAUCAACACGUCUCCACCAUAUGGUGCUCCAGAGACUGGGACACCUGCCCAGCCCUCCCCUCAUGCGCUGGACCAUUCAGUCACCCCAACGCCAAAUACUCUGACUCCAGAAAGUAUGCUCACCCUCAGUCCCAUGUACAGUGGGGCGACACCCAGCACCCAGUUGUCCCAGCCAGCCUGGAGCCCUGUGCCCCUCUCCACUUCAGCUAGUCUAACUCUGUUCGAUGUCCGCAGCAAGGGGGACCUACCUGUAGACCCGGCUUUGUUAGGCCUACCUGGAGGAGAGUCGCUGCUUCUGGGAAGCCCCUCGUCAGAGCAGGAUGUGGAAGCCAGCUCGGCACUGGGGAAUCCAGAGGAGAUGGAUGGGGACUCCAAGAUUCUUACUCAGCUCCAGUCUGUCCCUGUGGAUGAUGAUCUGGGCUUGUAGUCUGUUUACCCUGUGGGUCGGCAACCCAGUGUCUCUGGAUAAAAACAUACAGCAGAUUGCAGACUCUGCUGUCUGAGAGAUUUUACUCCACAAUGUCAGUCCUCUAAGAGCCAAAUGUUUGUUUUUACAAUAUAUUCAGCACAGAGAGGCAAAGUCUGUCCCCUUCCGGUGGACCACCACGGGACCUUGUUUCGGAAAAAAACAACGUAUGGCAGUCAGUGGAGGGAGACAAAUAAUUUUUUGAUCCCAUUUGCAUUGUGCCAUGAAUUACACAUAUGAUGUCUGUAGAUUUAAAAGAUAAUUUUGCUAGUAACAAAAGUCAUAGUUUGUCGUAUGUAACUUGGAUGACUACACAAGUCGUUUUGGAAGCGUUAUACCUCUUUCCCUUGCUGAAGCUAGUACUGGGGUGUACGAAGUGCGCAAUGUGUCCUGCUCGUUCUUUAGCUUCCCAGCUGAUAGAAAGACCAGUAUAGUCUCAUGCUGGUGAAGACUCUCAGUCAUCCAGGUCAUGGUAAUGUUAAGUACUACAUUGUAGGCAACUGGACUUGCUUGAGUUUCAGUUCAUCAGUUGUUCAGAGCUGAAGAAGCCUCUUGGAUGAGAGGUGAAACGUCCUCAAGAAACUCAAGCGAGUCCAGUUGCCUACGAUAUAGCACUUAUGAUGACCAGUAUAGUCACUGGGUGAAAAAGCCCAGGUAAAAUAACAUUACAUUUGUGCUGGGUACAAAGCUAGAUUACAGAGUUAGUAAAGUUGCAGGUGUAGGUGACAUAAAUUGUGCGUGGCGAGAAAUGCAGUUCUCCGAGCAGUUUCACACAAAAUUAAAUAGUGCUACAAUAAACUGCAAUGUUCUUGACUCGAAAAAUUACUUUUUAAAUUGAUAAACGUGUAAUUCAUGGCACAAUUCAAAUGGGACUAUAGAAUAAUUUCUCUUUGCUGUUGACUACUGUACAUAUUUUUUUUCCAAAAGAAUGUCCCAUGGGAACACUAAGAGGAGAGGGACCUCCGCUCUCUGAGAAAAGCCGAAAACCAUCAUGGUCUUAGCUGGCACUUUUGAGACAAAUCCUCUCCAGUUAUGUUUCACAUGGACGGGCAGGAUUGUUUUUACUAAAAAUCCGUACGUGCCUUAUCUGUUUUAUCAGAUCCAGACAGAAGAAAUAACUGGGCUUCAUCUGCUUGGCCCACUCACAGGUCCUGGUGGUAAAAAAAGAGACUAUAUUACGCAAGGCGUUUUGGCUUUGCCCAUUCUCCUUUGCAGUUUUGUGGACUACAGACCAAGUUUGGAAAAGAUGUCUGGGGUUUUUGCUGGCAGUAGAAGUACUUCAUUAUGGACCCACCGCAGUAACUUUACACCAAACUAUCUGGCAAAGGCAUAAAUCUAGAAAUAACUGAGUGUUGACUGCCUGUCCAGAGCUCAGAGAUUCAAGACGUGUUCCGCAGACACUCCAGGAAUAUAGUGAGGAGCGUAUUCUUCACAAACAGGACUUGAGUUUUAUGUGAAACUAUUAUUACAUCAUAGCUUCAAGGGCUAUAAAGCAGUAUUUUAUUACAAUGAGUUACUGAAGGCUGGGCUGAAACAUGCUGCCAAACUACAUUUUUAUCAGUCAACUGUUUGAAAUGACUCUCUGCAGUUUUCAAAAGCUGCCCUCCAUUAGUUAAGCUACAACACAGGAAAGAAAAGGGUCUUUACUCUAUGCAAUGCAUGUUUAGUUUUUUUUAUAGGACACUAUGUGGCACAAUGGCUGAGUUGAACAGUCAGUACACUUGGGAGAUGAGGAAAAGCUUUUUCAAAUACAUGAAGCAUGCAUGACACUAAAGCGUUUUGCUGUGAUCCCACGUAGUGAUGCAUCCAAAACCGGUUGAUACGUUGAUAAGUGCCUUAUUUUAAAGCUUAUUGGUUUAAUGUUUUUGAGUUUUAAAACAGUUUUUCAAGUGCUACACACCUGACCAAAUGUUGGUAUUCACUCUAUGGACAUUUUUUGAAUACCCACAUUUCUGUGUCUGAUCUCCAUUGAAAAAAAAUGUGUUUUGGUUGCAUUGUCAUCGCUCAAUCUCCUCUAUUUGUAUAUUUUGCACCUUUUAUUCACAUGAUGUUUACGCUGCGUUGCCGUGUUGUUGUGACAGUGGUUAGACUCACAUCCUUUCAUAAUCGGAACAUUAAAAAUCCCCACUUGACUUUACAGGACACUGAUUUCCUGAUUAAAUCUGCCUUAAAUUGACGAAACAGGUCUCUUUGUUUGAAACCUAAAAUUGCUAAUCAUCAUCAUAUGAGCUUUCCACUGUCAUAACACAGGUGGCGGUCAAACCUUUGGCCAAUUAUGGUACACAAAAAUACACUUAAUUGUCGCAUCUAGUUACAGUAAUGGCCUUUGUGUUGUUGUUGUUUUUAUUAGUUUGUUUAUUGUUUGUCUUUUUUGUACAUUUAAUCUAUUUAAAGCAUGUAUCAAUCAGUAAGAAAAUGAGUCCUUGUGGAAAAACACAGAUAGGAAAUGAUAUUCAUUUUCACUCGGAAGGUCACGUCGUUGGGCAAACUGAGGUUGUGAAAUCUUAGACUACAGGUAUUAAAUCAAUAGUGAUGGCAGGUAGGUAACUUUCAAACACAGUAGGUUAUUCCUCGUUAAUAAAUGUUGAGGUCAUUCGUUCUCAGCGGCCUCUGUGUAGAAUAUUAAAUGGCUUGGACAAAUCAAUUUUAGUCUUUUAGUAGUUAGGGGUAAAGGGAAAUGUGUCCUGUGUGUAAAAUAUGGUAGUCUGUGUUUGUUUAUAUGAGCCAUUUCUUACCAAAGUAUGUAGACGUUGAAGCCUCUGUGGGCUUAUGCACAUUUGUACCCGUCUGUUCGUCGCCUCGGAUACGUUGUCACUCUCUCCUACCUGACACACGACUCCAGAUUUAACCAAAGAUAAUGUGUUCUGAUCGACUUUUUGAUAGUUCUGAAAGGGAUCGUUUGUCAUUCAAGGUUCUUGUUAUCUCAUUUUUGUAUUCAAAUGCAUUCUAUUUUUUAUAUUACAUAUUAUUGUAAUAAACUACAUUU